CCCCUUUUUCCUAGACAAAGAGAGGGUUUUAGUUUUACCAUCUAACCCAAGCCAAGCGGUGGCGUGAAAUAGAGCUACGGCGGUGCUAGCGCGACGGAGAAUAAGUGCGGUGCGGCGGCGAAUCUUGUUGCGGCCUCCGGUGAAGACUGUUGAAUUCAGAUACGUGAGAUCGAUCUGGAGAGAAACCUUGUUUUGUGCUGAUUUGCGUUGUAAGGUCCAACAAUGGCGGGAGUAGCUAUACUUCUAGAUCUAUGGAGGAAGAAUCAAAACUUGAGCUCUGGGCACGCCUUUCACUCUUCUGCCUCUUUCUCUGCCUCCACUGCUGCUACUGCAGCAGCCACUUUUGCUGCAGGGACCGGUUUUGCUUCCAGGGCUUUGUUUGGGUCAUCAGUUGCACACUGUGAUGCUGGUGCAGCAUUAUCUGAAGACUAUAUUUCUAGUAUACAAAGUGCUUCUGAAAGGAUUUUUAACUAUGAUUCUCUAAGACAUAGUACAAAGCAGUACAAUGUUGAGCUGAAACCUCUAUUCUCUGCAUUCGAAUUGAGGGCCUUUGCAAUGACUUCAAUAAGGUCAUUCUUGAUGUUCUAUUUACCUCUUUUGGAGCCCCGUGCUGAGAUGGAAGAUGAUGAAGAUUUCUUGGAGGAUAAUCAAGAUCACCAUGUCGAUUUGGUUGUGCCCUUAAAAAAAUCAGUGAAGCAAAUCAUACGUGAGACUAGUGUUGUGACUACUAGAAGGAUUUUGGAAAGAAUUGCUGUCCAUUAUGUUUCACAACGAAUGGCGUGGAAACUUCUUAAAGACGUCCCUAGAUCAGCUACUCGCAAGGCUGCAAGGAAAAUGCCGACUUUGGUUUACUUCUUCAGUGUGAGCAGAACUACUUUUAGAGGACACAUGCUUGGAGUUGCAGCAUCAUGGCUUAUCCAAGUAGGUGUUGACUUGUAUCGGUUUAUUAAACCCAUGUUCAAGUCCAAGGAUGAGGAUAUUGAUGGUGAUAAAACCAAGCAAGUUGGACCUCUGGCACCAAAGAUUGUCAUUGCUACAAUUAGGUGCACUUCAUCUCUAAUUUUUGCCUCCAUAGGGGCAGGGAUUGGUGCUACCAUUGUUCGUCCAUCACUUGGCCAGUGGAUUGGAUGUGCUGUUGGUGAUUUGACUGGUCCUAUUAUUGUAGCAUUUUGUUUGGACCAAGUAUUUCAAGUGAAACUUUAGUGCGAGUUAUGUUUUCUGACUUGUUCCUUACCUGCUUCAAAUGCCUGGUGCUGUUUUGAUAUGCCAUUUCAGAUUGAGCAACUCACUAAAUUCGCUAGACUUCAUUUUAGCUGAAAGCAAUAUGUAACAUUUUUCCAUGAUAGCCACUUUUUAAUUUAAUUGUUUCAUUUGAUAUUUCUAAUAAAUACAGUUGAUCAACACUCUUUUAUGACUUUGAA